UUAGUUAUUUCACGAAAUUGAGUCGUACAUGAACUGAUAGCCCACGAGCCAUGUAUAACGAGAUUGAGCGGAAUAACUGUUUUGUUCUAUCCACAUUCACUUGAUUUUGAGAAACAGCAUUUUUAUUUUAUUUUUGCAAAUUCAAUAAAUAAAAACUUGGUACAAAACGUCCAACAAAAUCAUUUCCACUUAGAAUUAGGGCUGGGACAUUAGCGCGUUAAUUUCGAUUAAUUAAUCACACAAAUAUCAACGCGUUAAAAAAAAUAACGCAUUUUAAUCGCACACUAUAACAGACACGCAGGCCCGGCGCCAGGAACAGUUUACUUAGGGGGCAAUUAGAAAUCGCAAGGGGGCAAAUAUUUUUCAUAUAGUGUGUAGUAGUGAUGGCGGUCUGACAACGUGUUUCAAACAAUUAACUGCGCCAACCACAAAACCACCACGGCCCCGAAGGUUGCUUUAGUCCGGGAAAAUCAUGUGGCAUAUUACCAGGGCAGUUGCGCUUUAUCAGCCCCCGUGCCCACCUGUUACCCCUCCCCUCCGAUUUUCUCACAGACAACCGGAAAGAUGCCAAACAUAAAACAACACACACAAACCUACAGGCAAGUCCUUUAAAUUUAAAAUACAUACAAAUAGCUCCGCGGCAUGAAAACAAAACGUCAAUGCAAGUCUAAGGUACUUGGCUCGGCGGCCAAAAUCAUAAUUAAAAAAAAAAAUCAACAGACGCGGCUGCACCAAUAAUCCUGACUCGCACCGAGUCAACGCUAACCACUUGAUCCGCGAUCCCAGUUUAGGCGUGUAGGGGACUAAACACUCUGAAGUGAUGAAUUACCCCCCCCCCCCCCUCCCCGCUGCAUGGGGGGUGACGUCAACGACACAUAUUCUUACGCUAUUUGCGCACAAAGCGGACCAUAUAUGAACACAUACACCAACAUAAACGGAGAUAAACUUAGGCUACAAAGAAAGAAAAUGGAUUCACAAUAUUGUGAUUGAAUUGGUUUAAUUCGGAGGGGGAAAGACUACUCCCGCAAACUGACUGCAUAUUGCAGGAUAUUGCAGAGACAGUGCACUUGUAAGUGUGCAUGUAAAACCCCCGCCCGCACGACCCCUCCCCUUGUCCUUAUCACAGGUCUGUGUGAGCGCGGCUGUGUCAGCAUUUCACACACACACCCACAAUAACUAGUCCCCAGUAGUUAGGAUUGAUGCAUAUGUCUAAAACAGGGUUAAUAUUAAAUUCAGGCUUUUUGAAAUAAUCCUACCUCAAUACAGUUGAAUUCUACGAUUGCAACGUAAGAAUCGUAACAACCAAUCAGAUUUGUUCUACCGUGCCAGUUUUAGUAGUGAUUUAUGUGAAAUGUAUUUUUGUGCAAUGCACAACCACUUAAUAUUUCGUAUUUGAAAAUGCAAAUUAUUAAUACGUCUAUAAUACAUUAUAUUUUCAUAAGAAAACAAUUAAGUGAUCUGAGUCUCCGUUGAGGGGGCGAGGCUGUAGCCACGAGGGGGCGACGCCCCCUUUCGCCCCCCCAUGGCGCCGGGCCUGAGACACGUCCUUCUGCAUUAGAGCAGUGGAGAGUGGCAUUACGUCUGAUGGUGUACACAGCUUUCUGGAAACUCAGAAGAAGUUUGGGAUUUUAGCUGUGGGGGCAGCACUAAUGCGGGACGGAAUACAGCCGGACGGGAACAGAAAAAGAACAGGAGAAGAAGAACGCCGGUUUUCAAAGGACGCUGGUUUUUGGAAGGAGAAAUUACUCCAAACAGAUAAAGGACAUGUCCCUCCUCACUCACGUCUUAGCCUGCCUGUUUGGAAUGGGCUCCUGGGUGACCAUUUGUGGACUUUGGGUUGAGCUGCCCCUCAUUGUCCCUCAGGUGCCUGAAGGCUGGUACCUUCCCUCCUGUCUCUCCAUCCUGACCCAGAGUGCUAAUGUUGGUCCUCUGUUUGUCACCCUGAUGCACCGAUUCCGACCAGGAAAGCUCAAUGAAACUGCUGUGAUCUACUUCAUUAUUAGUUUUGGGACCCUCUCAAGCCUCCUCUUAGCUUUCGUCUGGAAGGAGACAGUUGUUAUUCAAGGAGUUGAGCGUAGCAUUUAUUUCCUGAUCCUGACCUUCUUCAUCGCCACUGUGGACUGCACCUCGUCAGUUACUUUCCUACCAUUCAUGAUGCAGCUCAAGCCAGAGUAUCUCACCACUUAUUAUGUAGGUGAAGGUUUGAGUGGACUGAUCCCGGCUGUAGUGGCUCUGAUUCAAGGAGUAGGUGUCAUGCAAUGUGUCAAUAGCACCCAAAACUUCAGUCCCAAUGAAACAAUAAAUGGAUCUUUGGACUCAACUAAUUACCUCAUACCGCACUACUUACCAGCCAACUUUUCAGCUCAGGCUUUCUUUAUCUUCCUGGCAGCAAUGAUGUUUGUCACCUUAGUGGCCUUCCUGCUUUUGAACAAACUCCCAACAGUAGCUCAAGAGCACUCAAUCAGCCUCAAAUCCCAAGGUGCUAUGAGAAAGUCGGACUUUGUGGAGGAAAAGAAAAGUCCUGAACAGAAGCCCAUGAUGAAUUCUCGAAAUGGCAUCCAGAAGUUCAGUGGGAUGUUUGGAAAGGGAACCUACACACGGGCACAAAUUGUGUACAUCUUCAUCAACUUGGCCUGGGUGAAUGCUCUGACCAAUUCAGUGUUACCAUCUGUUCAGUCCUACUCGUGUCUGCCUUAUGGAAACCAUGCUUAUCAUUGGUCUGCUACUAUGGCCUCCUUAGCAAACCCAGUGACCUGCUUCAUUGCCAUGUUUUACACUCAAAGGUCAUUGGUGCUGAUGGGCUUUCUGACUGCUUUUGGCUCGGUUAUUGGCAUUUAUAUCAUGGUCAUGGCAGUGCUGAGUCCCUGUCCACUUCUGGUCAAUGACAUUUCUGGAGCCAUUCUAAUAGUGGCAGCUUGGACAUGUUUUAUCCUCAUACUGUCCUAUGUGAAGGUGAUCGUCGCCGUGAUCUUGCGUGAUGAAGGUCAUAGCGCUCUCGUAUGGUGUGGUGCAGUAGUCCAGUUGGGCUCACUGUUGGGAUCUGUGAUCAUGUUCCCUUUAAUCAAUGUGUUCGACGUUUUCUCUUCAGGAGACCCAUGUAACACUAGGUGCUAAUGCCAGAAUACAGUAUACUAGACAUGUGAGUGUGUUUCUGCUGAGGGAAUGAGACAUUUCACAACAUGGAAAUAUGAUAUACCGCAUAACAUGUAGUGUUUUAGUAUUUGUUGAUUUCUGUGGCUGUAUAAAUACAGUAUAGAUGCUCUUUAAAAUUAGAAAAGAAAUUAAAAUGAAUAUUUUUGUAAU